AGGAUAUUUCCGUAAUUUCUGAAGAAUUAUGCAGGUGUCUGUAUUGUAAGGUCGUAUUAUUGUAUUGUCGUUUAUUGUUUAUAGAAAAUGCAAUAUCAACAGUUAUAGAAAUUGUUAAAGGUACAUGAUUAUUCUCAAAAAACUCCUCAGUUAGAUAAGCAAUUUUUUUAGGUCUAGUGAUGAAUAUUUUCAGAAUUGAAUUAUUCUUACUAUUUUUUAUAAUAUACCAUGAACGUAAUAAUUGCAAUGCCCAAAUUCUUGAAGGCCUCAAAGAUGCUGUUCUUAACGCUGAAGGGGUUUUGGGAGAUGUAUUUAAAUCAUUAGAUUCAGUUGCUAAACAUUUGAAAUUUACCAAAGAGGCCUGGGAGGAUUCAGUAGAAGAAGAAUGCAAAUUUGCAUGUCCUGAUGGAUCAACCCCUAAGAAGAAUAAAUAUUACAAGCCUACAGCUAAUGGAUGUGGUGUUCCGGGAAUUCAGAUAACUGAUGCACAUUUUAUGGCUGUAGGUGAAAUGACUCGGUGUUGCGAUCAGCACGACAUCUGUUACGGGACUUGCAACAAAGACAAAGAUGAGUGUGACUUGUAUUUCAAAAAAUGUCUCUACAAAAUAUGUGAUAACUCAAAAAAGAACAUUCCUGAAACAGCUCUGACAGGAUGUAAGACUGCUGCUAAAGUCUUGUUUUCUGGAACAAUGAUGUUUGGUUGCAAGUUCUACAAGUCAUCGCAGCAAGAAGCUUGCUUUUGCCAGGCGUCUCGCAGGAUACCAGCAGCCGAUGAGUUUUAAAAACCUCAGUUAGGACUAAGUAAAUUAUUUAGGUUUUGGUUCAGUAAACUAAAAAAAAUCACUAAACAAAACAUGACAUAAAUUUGCAUAACAUAAAGUGCCACUAAAAUUAACUGUAACAUAACAAUUAUGAUAUUAAUUUUAGGGUAGCGAGCUGGUCUAGUGGUUAGAGCGCGGGACUUCGGUCCAUGAGGUCCCGCGUUGUAAUCGCACCAAAUCACCAAUGGAUUUUAUCUGAUAAUGCUGCAACCCCUAGGUCUAACCUAAAGUAAUGUGAAAAACAAUCCUGGGCUCGUGCCUAGCGUCUUAGAAAAAACAUAUGGUAUUAAAUUAAUCAUCGAAAAUAACUUUUUAACCUUUUUUAUUUCCAGAAGAAUCGUGCAGCCUCUUGAUUUCUAUUUAUACUUUAAAAAUGGUUUAACAAUAGGUAUACCGAUCUUGAUAAUUCAACAGAAACAGGACCUAUAGGUUGUCGGUUUUACAAAAAUUGCAGAUUGCCUUUAAUGAUUAAUGCCCAUUAUUACUAUUUUAUGGAAAUAAAUUAUACAAUGACAUUAUUUCGUGAUAUUUACAAUAUCCUAAAGGAUAGUAUAGUUUUAGUAGGUUGUUCAACCUAUAGUUGUUAUGUACAUUACUGCAUGUAGACUUGAUUACAAAUAUAAACUCGAUAUAAAAAGCAUGUAGUCAAGAAGAGUUUUUUUUUAUUUUUACUGUACAGUAAAAGCUUUUUCAACUGGCAAAUGUAGAAUUAUCAAGAUCAUACUGUACAUCCAUAUUUUAACGCAACACUUAUGCAAGUAUUGAACAAUUUUAAAGUAAUUGCUGUAAAUAAUGUCUCAAAAAUUAUUUAUCUUUGUUACAAAGUAGAAAAAAACCAAAAUACCUAAUGUUAAGUUUGAUAAUUUUUAGGAUUGUUCUCUAUUGUACCAAAGUUUACGUCUAGUCCCUCUUUCUUGUAAUCCUUAAAACCAAACACCUUGCUUUUAUUUAAUGAAAGUCUUGUAUGGUGUUGAUUGUUUUUUUUUUUUUUUUUUUUUUUUUACUUUAGACAUUUGCUAUGGAUGCCUUCAUCUAAAUCACCUAUGAAAUAAGUAUAAUUUAUCAAUUUAAGAUGCAUAAAAACAUUUUUACGAUCCAUUUAUUUUUCUGAACAUUUGUUUCCUUUGCCAUUUACCAAUGGCAAAAUAAGGUUUUGGGUAUUUGCACCUUACAUUUAGCAUUGUUCAAUGUAUUUAGGUCUUCCCAGUCUAACAUUUUGCAUAUUUUGUAUGUGAUCUUGGUCUUCCAGAGGUACCGGUACUGUAAACCUCUGAUGAACCAAAAUAAAGGGAGUGAGUCCAUUUUGUGUAAUCUAAUUUUUAAUUUAAUCAGUGGUUGGAAUUUAAAAGCUAUUUCAGUUCAAAUAGAUCUUCGACUGUUGUUUUUUACAUUAUGUUAAUUAGGCUACUGUCUCCUUAAAAUUGCUGUAUACAAAAUUAUAUUUCUUAAAAUAAUCGACCACUGUUUUCAGAACUUUAUUUUUUAUCACUGUAUGAGAUCCGCAGUAGUCUGCUCCAUUAAAUUAAUAAUAACCCACGCUACAGCAUACAGUUGAUUUUCCAAUUGAUUAGAAGUUUUCUAUGGUUUCUGCCCAAUGGGGUGCGGUUGAAAGGGGUUUUCUUUAGUUGUAUUUCAAAAUAAGACAGUAGAUAAAAAACGGUAUGUUGAAAUAUUUUAAUUUAUCAUUAAAUAUUUUACCCAGUAAAAACAAAGAGUAUCCCCUGUUAAGAAAGAACAUAUUUUUGACUUUAUACAGGGAUGAUCGUAAAAUUGGUUAGUGAAAACCAAUGUCAUACUAAGUCACAAGAUUACCAUGUACUAUGUACUAUAUAGUAUAUACUAUGUACUAAUACUAAGGUCUCAUUAAAAUGUUUGAUGGUUAAAGGUCAUAGGAUUGUUUUAAUUUUUUUGCUCUUUUUGGGGAUUUUUUAUGGGAGUAAAAGUAAACAAAACUUAUUAUAAUGAUUUUUGUCACAUAGUCUUUGAAUAAUGUUUGUCUCCAACUCACUGAUUUGUUAGGCUAAUAAAAGAUAAUUUUUGUUGAUGUUGGCUGGUCUUUGUGGGAAUUUUUCAUGUGUGAAAUUGUGUUUAUGUUGAUUGUUUAUUUAUUUGGGUGUGCUGGAAUUUUGUUGAUAAGGCUGUAGAGAAAAUAUCAUGGCUUAUUUAGAAGCCGUUAGCCUAUUUGUUACAAUCACUAGACAAAUGAUUGUCAACAAUAAUUGAGUUGAAAAUUAGUACAAAACAUAUAAGAAGCACAAUGCUUUUGUUAAAAAUUCAGUAUGGGAAUAUUUGAAUUUCGGAUAGUUACUGCGGCGGCCGCUAGGUAGACUAUCGCCAGUGUGCGGCCAAGUCAGCUGAGUCAUUGAGAGAGAGUGAGACAAAGAAUCGGCUUAGAGAGUGAUAGAGUAGCAUGUGAUCCUGGCGGCGGCCGUGCAAAGCUCAUUUCAGAAGCAAAAUAUUUUGCUUCUUAAAAUUGUUGUAUUCAUUGGUUAAACCAUAGACAAAUAGAAUAAAUAUAGACUGUCAAAGGAAGGUUCCGGCGCCCACCGCUAGGUUUGCCGUGUAGUUACGGCGCACACCGCUACAGGCGGGGAGCGUAGGAGCCGUAUGCAAUCAGCAGACGCUGCAGCGGUGUGCGCCGUAACUACACGGCAAACCUAGUGGUGGACGCCAAAACUUCUGCUAACCGCAGCACAGCUGACGGUGUAUACUUAUUCUAUUUGUCCAUGGUUAAAUUAUCUAAAACAUGUUAGAUUUUAGUAUUAUGUGGCUUGUAAUUAUAUGUUUGUUUUAAGUUACUUUUUCAGUGAUGUUAAGCUUAUUCAUUGCAUCAACCUGUUAUUUUCCAUUCUCAUGGAAUUUGUACGUUAACGCUUAAAAACUGUUACAAAAAAAAUUAUUUUACUUUUUAUUUUAAGGAAUUACACCAACGGUCUUUAACUAAUUGUUCAGUUGCUUGGAUUGUUACUUUGGUUCAGAGAACUUUGAUUUAUUUUAAUCCAGUUCCAAUAAUGUUAAAUUUAGUUAUAACUUUAACUAAGUUUGUUGUUAAUGCACCAUUUUGUUCAUAGACUCAGUUCAGUGUACAGGUGUAAUUUUGUCCAUAUUGUAGAAUUUUGAAUUUUUAUUUGCAACUAAUUUUUAUAAAUAUUUUUUUUUAUAAAAAAGAAACCAAAAGUUCAAAUUUGUUUGAAAAUACACCCAAGUGCCUGAAAACUAGAUAAGGGAAAACUAUUUGGAGCUGUAAAUGUAUAGAAUUUGUAAAAAAACUUAGCUAAAAAUAUUUAAAUGCAAGGUCAUGUGGAGGGCUGAUAGUGAGAAGGUUGCACUGUUCCUUACUAUUUUUACAGUAAAAAAAAAAUAAUUUAGAAACUGUAUCUAGUUAGGUAUUACAAAAAAAUGUUAUACAUUCAAUUUAGUUACAUUUGUGUGUCAUCAAGAACUAUUUGUACGUGUAAGUAAAUUGGGUAAUUGGUUGAUUUAAAACAUUAACAUAUUUAAAAUUCACAAGUGACAAAAGUGGAUUUUUUCAGAAAACACAAAAAAACGUUCUGUGCCAAUGGCGACACAGCCAGUUUCCGAGCAUUCAAUUGCUUGUAAGUGUUGCCAAUGCCAACCUAUGCAUUUUUAAAAACAAAAUAUUCCACACAGUAGAGAAUUUUAUUUGCAUUGUUGUUCUUUAAAAAUCUCAAUUUCAUAAAAUAUGUUUGCAACAUUGUUUGGUAUUCAAUAAUGUAGUUAGUGAUAUCCAUUACCAUAGUUAGUGGCACCAGUGAUAUCAUUACAAAAACUAAGGAGAAGAGGUGCAACUUUUACUAUCUCUUCUCAACUCACCUUCUGUGAUUUAUCAACUUAAAUUUGAAAUAAGUUAGAUAAAACUUGUAUCUUUGAAAACAUCGAUUAGAAUAAUUUAUGUAAAAAGUCUGUGAUAAUAACUUAUAAUAAAUAUGUGAUUAGUAA